CAAGUAAGUAGGAGGCUGUUUUUCCAGUGGCAGAAAUGAGGAAGUCAGGCAUAAAGAUUAGGUUUCUGCUGUGAUAAAUUGAACCUGUUAAAUGCUAUGACUUUUACAUUUCGUAGCUGUAGGUUAAACCGGUUAUGUCACUCAUUUGAUAGCUCUGUAUUUGUUUGAAAAAUACAAAAGUCCCUCCUACUGGACUUUGAUCUAGCAGAAACAACUGUUACCUAACAACCUCAGACCGUCACUGGAACACCUUUACAAGAACGUUCUUUAUUUAAAUGGUUUUGCAUAUGUAAUUUAUUUAAGCCUUCAAAAUGAUUAGAAAACUUCUUAUGGUCCUGCUUUUGUCGUCUGUGACUCUUGGAGAAGCAAGGAAAUCGUUUCUCAGUUUUCUGAACAUAGAAAAGACUGAAUUACUAUUUUUCACAAAGACUGAAGAAACUGUCGUUGUAAGGUCAAGUUACAGAGAUAAACAGCCAAACUCCAGCUACCUCUUUGUGCAACUAGAAGAUCCUAAAAUGCUCCAAGUGGUGAAUGUGACUAAGACCUUAUCAGAUGUUACCAACUUUACCAUAAACCUGGUGACAGAUGAAGACGGGGAGACAAAUCUGACCAUUCAAUUGUGGGAUUCUGAAGGUAGGCAAGAAAGACUCAUUGAAGAAAUAAAGAAUGUCAAAGUCAGAGUGCUCAAACAAAGACAAGACAGUCUUUUCCAGGCAUCAAACCUUAUUGAUAGAAAUAUCCUUAUGGUUUUUCUACCAAUGAUACUGUUAAAUAAAUGUGCGUUUGGUUGUAAGAUUGAAUUACAGGUGUUUCAAACAAUAUGGAAGAGACCUUUGCCAAUAAUUCUUGGGGCAGUUAUACAGUUUUUUCUCAUGCCAUUUUGUGGAUUCCUUUUGACGCAGAUUUUGGCAUUGCCUGAGGCACAGGCUUUUGGAUUUGUAAUGACCUGUACAUGCCCAGGAGGGGGUGGGGGCUAUCUCUUUGCUCUGCUUCUAGAAGGAGAUGUCACUUUGGCCAUUUUGAUGACUUGCACAUCAACGUUACUGGCCCUGAUAACGAUGCCUGCCAAUUCGUACAUAUAUAGUAGGAUGUUAGGGUUAUCAGGUACUUUGCAUAUUCCUGUUUCUAAAAUUAUGUCAACACUCCUUUUCAUACUUAUACCUAUAUCAGUGGGAAUAAUCAUCAAGCAUAGACUACCUGAAAAAGCAAAGUUCCUGGAGAGGAUCAUUAGACCUCUGAGUUUUAUUUUAAUGUUUGUAGGAAUUUAUUUGACUUUCAGAAUGGGAUUAAUGUUUCUAAAAACAGUGAACCUAGAAGUGAUUCUAUUGGGUGUCUUAGUUCCUGCUUUGGGUUUGUCGUUUGGGUACUUUUUUGCUAAAAUUUCUAUGCUGCCUCUUCCUGUUUGUAAAACUGUUGCUAUCGAAGGUGGGGUACUGAAUAGUUUCUUAGCCCUUGCUGUUAUUCAGCUUUCUUUUUCACAGUCCAAUGCAGACUUGGCUUCUGUGGCUCCUUUCACAGUGGCCAUGUGUUCUGGAUGUGAAAUUUUACUGAUCCUUCUGUUCUACAAGGCUAAGAAAAGAUGUAUCCUUACCAUAGAAAAGAAAAGAAAGAAAAAUCCCCCAGUCUAACAGUUAAAGCUUUACUGAAUUUUCCUACUCUGAAUGAGGUACUGUGGGAGAUUCAAAGAAUAUCUGAAAUGAUGCCUGCUCUCAACUCACUUAUGAUCUGAUUGAAAACUUGACAUUAGGGGAGAAAUAUAUACAUACAUAUAAUCAUAUGUGCUGAACACCCAAUGAAUAGUGCAGACAGUUAAAUGUACAGGAAGUCAGAGGAAGGAGACUACUUUUCAACUGUGUUGGCUUGGAAAUGUUCUAUAGAGUUGGAUUUUAAUAUAAUACUUUAUUAUGGUGUC